UUUGAUCCCUGCGCUAAGAGGGGAGAUAUUGUUGACUGGGUCGCGGGAGUACUCCAAGGACCGUGCUCUAGACGGGGCUUUAAAGAACGAGGACCUGAGGCUGUGAAGUAGGAGGACUUCAAGCUUUAAAGAACCCAGACUCCAGGCUUUGAGAAACGAGGACUUCAGGCUUUGAAGUGCAUUCCACAGAUAUGAGGGUUCUCCAUCUUCUUCUGUUCAUGCUGGUGGGCUGUGGUGCAGCGAGAGUCCGGAGAUCCAGAGAACGAGACUGGGCCCAUCACGGAGCCUCCAUGUUCGCAGACCUCUCCGUCCGCGAGCUGAAGGCUGUCAGAGACUACCUCCACAAACUACCAGAGCUGGGGUUGACUGAUGCCCGCAGCAUGCCUCUGACCAAGAACAGCAUCCUACUGAUUGAGCUCCACCUGCCGAGGAAACAUGAUGCCCUGAAGGCCCUGGACCGGGGGCAGGCCAAACCUCCCCGAGAGGCCCGGGUUGUGGUCCAGUUUGGGAACCAGGCACAGCCUAAUGUCACUGAAUAUGUUGUCAGCCCCCUACCGCUCCCCACCAGCCACAGAGUCAAAACCUUCAAGAGAAAUAAGUUCAUCCCGUUUGAAUCCCGCCCCAUGACUUUCGUAGAGUACAAUCACAUGAGACGCAUCCUGGAGAAGAUUACCACCCAGGCUCGCACGCUCCUGUUUGAGACGUCCGGAGGGUUCUCUUUCACCAACUGUACUGACCGCUGCCUCACCUUCACAGACAUUUCCCCCCGUGGGCUCAAUGUAGGGGAGAGGAGGAGCUGGGUAAUGCUCCAAAAGAAUGUUGAGGGUUAUUUCAUGCAUCCUAUUGGAUUUGAGGUUCUUGUUAACCACAAGGACCUAGAUUCGGAAAAAUGGUUUGUUGAGAAGGUGUGGUACAAUGACCAGUACUUUGACAGCAUGGAGGAGCUGGUAAGAAAAUAUGAGGACGGAGAAUUAGUGAAAAUCCAGCUGCCUGAGCAUGACGAGGAAGACCUCUUCUCCACCUACAUUCCCCGUGGCGAAAGCAACUCUGCCUCAGACAUCCAUGGGCCCAAGUUUGUCCAGCCACAAGGACCUCGCUAUCACGUCGACGGCAACUUCAUCGAAUACGCGGGAUGGUCCUUUGCGUACCGCGUCCGCUCCUCCGCCGGCCUCCAGAUCUUUGACCUUCGGUUCAACGGAGAACGGAUCGCCUACGAGGUCGGACUGCAGGAGGCCAUCGCCUUCUACUCUGGGGACACGCCGGCUGCCAUGCAAACCAAGUUCAUCGACUCCGGUUGGGCGAUGGGCACCUCUACAUUCGAACUGGCGCCUGGGAUUGACUGUCCGGAAAUCGCCACCUUUGUCGACCUGUACCACUACUACGACACAGACAAACCCGUGCACUACAAAAAUGCACUGUGUAUUUUUGAGUUAAACACAGGGAUUCCACUCAGAAGGCAUUUCAACACAAACAAUAUGGGGGGGUACAACUUCUAUGGAGGCCUAGAGAAUAACGUGCUGGUGUUGCGGGCGACCUCAACAGUUUACAACUACGACUACAUCUGGGACUUCAUAUUCUACCAGAACGGAGUGAUGGAGUCCAAGGUCAGCGCCACUGGAUACAUCCACGCCACGUUCCUCACGCCAAACGGUCUUAACUACGGAACCAAGGUUUAUAACCACGUACUGGGCAACCUGCACACACACCUGAUCCAUUACAAAGUGGACUUCGAUAUAUCUGGACGGGAGAACAGCUUUGAGUCGAUUGACCUCAAGUAUGUCAACUUCACCAAUCCCUGGAGCCCAAACGACCACAUCGUCCAAUCCAAGCUGCACAGGACGCAGCACGCCACAGAGCGCUCUGCUGCUUUCCGCUUUGGGAAGAAGAUGCCGCGCUACUUCCACUUCUACAAUGCCAACGAGAAGAACAAAUGGGGCCACCACAAGGGCUACCGCAUCCAGCUGAACUCCCACGCCCACAGCGUUCUGCCCAGGGGCGUGAAGGAGGAGAAGGGAGUCACCUGGUCACGGUACCCCCUAGCUGUGACCCGGCAUAAGGACAGUGAGGCCAGCAGUACCAGCAUGUACAACCAGAACGACCCCUGGGACCCGGUGGUGUCUUUUGAGGAUUACAUCCGCGACAAUGAAAACCUAGAAAACCAGGACCUGGUGGCGUGGGUGACGGUCGGGUUCCUGCACGUGCCUCACUCAGAGGACAUCCCGAACACGGCCACGCCGGGGAACUCCGUGGGCUUCUUCCUGCGCCCCUUCAACUUCUUCAACGAGGACCCCUCGCUGGCGUCCAAGAGCACGGUCAUCGUACGACAGGACAAGGCCGGGAACCCGGUGGUACAGAGGUGGACUCCGGCCCGGGUGGGACACUGUGUCUCGGACCAACCCUUCUCCUACAACGGCACUUAUGCAUUGGUCUAGAGAGGAUCUGACGCCCGACGACUGAUUGAACCGGCCACAUGCUGUGAUGCUAAUAUGCACAAGCCUAAAGAGAUUAUAUGUUCUAUUUAUAUCACGGAGUUCGAUCAAUUGGCAUGUAUGUUCACAAAAUUCGAUUUAAGUUUGAAAAGGAUAGGAAUUGAAUUGUGUCAUCACAGUAUCGUAAAACCAUCUUUAGUCAAAGCAAAUGUAUAAGCACGCCCAAUCACUGGUGCUUAUAUGAUUAAUGUAAAUGUAACUAAAAGCAACAUUUUUGUGCACUAUAUGAAUGUGAUGCAAGACCUUUUUUGCUAAAUAAAGCAGGCCAAAUCCCUCCAA